GACUUGGAGAAUGUGGGCGGGGCCUGAGCGCAGUGUGCGUUGCCGGUGAAGUGUAGCCAGCCUGUGUGUCAGGAAGCUGUACCCCAGCAGUCAGCGAGCUCUCCGGCGACGUCCAGCUGUCCGGCCCCGGCAUGGCCUCCCUGGCGGUAGAGGAAAGCGGCCAGAGCAAGGUGAGGUCAGUAUCUGUAGAUCUGAACACUGACCCAUCCCUGCAAAUUGAUAUUCCAGAUGCGCUAAGUGAGCGUGAGAAAGUCAAGUUUACUGUCCAUACAAAGACCACAUUGAGCACCUUUCAGAACCCAGAGUUCUCUGUGACCCGUCAACAUGACGACUUCAUUUGGUUACAUGAUUCACUUACCGAGACAGAGGAGUAUGCUGGAAUUAUUAUACCACCGUCUCCUGCAAAACCCGAUUUUGAUGGCCCUAGAGACAAAAUGCAGAAGCUCGGUGAAGGCGAGGGCUCCAUGACAAAGGAUGAAUUUGCCAAAAUGAAGCAAGAAUUAGAAGCUGAAUACCUAGCCGUGUUUAAGAAGACCGUCUCGGUGCAUGAAGUCUUCCUUCAGAGAAUUGCCUCCCACCCCAUCUUAAACAAAGACCACAACUUCCAAAUAUUCCUGGAAUACGACCAAGAUCUAAGUGUACGAAGGAAAAAUACCAAAGAAAUGUUUGGUGGCUUUUUCCGGAACAUGGUGAGAAGUGCAGAUGAAGUUCUAUUUUCUGGAGUCAAGGAAGUAGAUGACUUCUUUGAACAAGAAAAGAUGUUUCUUGUCGGUUAUCACACGAGGAUCAAGGACUCCUGUGCCAAAUCUGACAAAAUGACUCGAUCACACAAAAAUGUGGCUGACGACUACAUUCAUAUUUCUGCUACGCUGAUCUCUUUAGGUGAUGAGGAGAACGUUCCUAUUAGAAAAUAUUUACUAAAGCUAGCAGAAUUGUUUGAAAAACUCAGGAAAGUAGAAGCCAGAGUUGCAUCAGAUGAAGACUUAAAGCUGUCCGAACUCUUAAGAUACUAUGUGCUUAAUAUUGAGGCAGCCAAGGACCUAUUGCUGAGGAGGACAAAGAGCCUGGCUGAAUAUGAGAACUCAAACAAAGCUCUUGAUAAGGCCAGGUUGAAAAGCAAAGACGUGAAACAGGCGGAGUUGCAUCAACAACAGUGCUGCCAGAAAUUCGAGAAGCUCUCCGAGUCUGGGAAACAGGAACUGACUAGCUUCAAACAAAGAAGAGUGUGUGCUUUUCGAAAAAACCUGGUGGAGAUGACAGAGUUAGAAAUUAAGCACGCCAAGAAUAACAUCUCCUUAUUACAAAGCUGCAUCGACCUCUUUAAGAACAGCUAAACGGGAGCCCAGGCCUGAAGAAGCACCAGUUGCACAUCUGACAUCCUGAGCAGAGCAGCUCUGUCUUUACACAAUCAUAACUUUGGGUCUUAGAGGACUAUCAUGAUAGAAGUCAAGAUAUAUAUUAGUGUAUGUGUUUAGUAAAAUUUCUAACAAUGGGGGAAAUCUAAUAUUGCUCUUAUAAAAGGUUAAAAGGGCUUUCCAGUUUUUUUUUGUUUUUUAUACUGAUGGCCCAUCCUCUGGAUAGGUCAUCAGUAUCUGAUCGGUGGGAGUCCGACACCCGAGACACCCGCCGAUCAGCUGUUUUGAGAAGGCAGCGGUGUU